AUGGUUGAUCGGAAGAGUAUCCUUGCAGAUGCCAAUCUUACUCCCUUCGACAGGAACAACAAGCCUACACUCUCGCACAGCAGGACUUCCACUCAGAUCUUGUCUGGCCGCGACUUGCCUUCCGAACCGCUGUCUGCUCCACCACCUACCGUCGAACCUUCUCCCGUCCUCUCUCCCAUUCUCGGCUCACCCGUGAGCACCAGCAUUCCUUUGCCUCCUUCGAAACCCGUUCCUCGCGAUCGCUAUGGCUUCAAGAAGACAUCUCUCCAUAUCGCUGUUGAAGAUUAUGACGCCUGGGAAAAAGAGUACAAUCUCCAUCUCGAAAGAAGACGGAAUAAAUGGAAUAUCUUGAUGAGACAAUUUGGAUACACCACGGAGCAUCCCACACGCUUCCCUACCAAAUCCGAAAAGAUCAAGAGAUAUGUGCGGAAGGGGAUACCACCAGACUGGCGAGGUGCUGCUUGGUUCUGGUAUGCUGGCGGUCCCAAGAAGUUGGCUGAAGAUCCUGGGUUAUACUGGAAUUUGCUCAAGAAGGUCAAUCAAGGCGCCCUGAGUGACAACGACCGCGAGCAUAUCGAACGCGAUCUCAACCGUACUUUUCCGGAUAACGACCGCUUUAAACCUGACAACCGACCUACAACAUCAGAACAGAGCCGCGGGAUUGGCGAGACCGAGAAUGAGACUUCCAUGAUCAAGGCUCUGAGACGAGUAUUGCAAGCUUUUGCUGUUCACAACCCGAGUAUAGGAUAUUGUCAGAGUCUAAACUUUAUCGCCGGCCUCUUACUCUUAUUCCUCAACGAAGACGAAGAAAAGGCAUUUAUCCUCUUGAACGUCGUCACCACCGAACAUCUCCCCGGUACCCAUGGCGUAGCACUGGAAGGCGCAAACAUCGACAUCGCUGUCCUCAUGACCUCAAUCAAAGAAUCUCUGCCUGCCAUCUGGGCGAAACUCGACGAUAAACCUGGUACACCAGCCGCAGGAGGCGUACCUCGUUUACCUACCGUCAGUCUAGCAACAACAGCAUGGUUCAUGUCUCUUUUCGUCGGCACCUUACCCAUUGAAUGCGUUUUGAGAGUGUGGGACUGCCUCUUCUUCGAAGGCAGCAAAACUUUAUUCCGCGUCGCCCUCGCCAUCUUCAAGCAAUCCGAACAAACCAUCAAAGCCGUCUCUGAUCCUAUGGAAAUCUUCCAACUUGUGCAGAGUUUGCCGAGGGGAAUGCUUGAUGCAAACGCACUUAUGGAGACUUGUUUCCGCAAGAGAGGGGGGUUUGGAGGUUUGAGUCAGGAUGUUGUGGAGAAGAGGAGGGAGGAAGGGAGGGUUGCUACUAGGAAUGGACGCACGUUGACGGUUAGCGAGGGGACGGGGAGGGGCAGAGGGGGAGGGGAAGGGCAAGGGGAUAGUGGGGUGGGAAGGAGGAGUUUUAUGAGGGCGAAGAGUAAGACUAGGUUUUCAAGGCGGCAGACUAAGGGGGCGUAG